AUGUCGUCCAGUAGGAAGCUCCUGGCUUGGGGCUUGGUCGCCCUGGCCCUGUGCGUGGCAGCCCCAGGCUCAGGCUCCCCCCGCUGCACCUUCCCCUUUAUUUACAAGGGGAGAUCAUACUCCUCAUGCACCACGGACGGACGAAGGGAUAAGAAGCUCUGGUGCGCAACUACCAACAGCUACGCCAAGGAUGGCCGAUGGAGGUUCUGCUCUCCCAUGGACUCUCUGCCCUGCACCUUCCCCUUUAAGUACAAGGGGAAAUCGUACUUGGCCUGCACCAGGGACGGAAGCACCGACAAGCGGCUCUGGUGCGCGACCACCAGCGACUACGACAAGGAUGGCAAAUGGAAGUUCUGCACCCAGAAGGUCUCUCCCGCCUGCGCCUUCCCCUUUAUUUACAAGGGGAAAUCGUACUCGGCCUGCACCCGGGAUGGGACCAGAAGCAGGCUGCGCUGGUGCGCGACCACCACGAACUACGACACGGACGGCAGGUGGAGGUACUGCAGUGUGACGGAUUACGACAAUGGAGAAGCGUGUGUUUUCCCUUUCACCUACAAGGGCAAACGCUUCUCUGCUUGUACCAAGUUUGACAAUCUCUUCGGGAGGUUCUGGUGUGCCACCACUGACAGCUACCACAUGGACCGCCAGUGGGUUUUCUGUCCCGACUGA